ACCACAUCCCUCGCUCCCCAUACACCAUCAUGGCUGACGCUGCGAAAAAGUCAAAACAUGGUCACGCUGCCUCUCAGGCUCAGCCUGCACCACGAAAGGUUCGGUUCAACGUAGGCACACAAUAUCAGGUUCUGGACGUCGUUGGAGAGGGCGCCUAUGGUAUCGUGUGUUCAGCUGUGCAUCGACCAAGUGGUCGCAAAGUCGCUAUCAAGAAGAUCAUGCCUUUCGACCACUCCAUGUUCUGCCUUCGGACGCUCCGUGAGCUCAAGCUGCUGAAAUUCCUCAGUGAGGCUGGUGUCAGCGAAAAUAUUAUUUCUAUCUUGGAUAUCAUUAAGCCUCCCUCUAUAGACGCAUUCAAAGAAGUUUAUCUGAUCCAAGAACUGAUGGAAACGGACAUGCAUCGUGUCAUACGAACGCAGGAUCUAUCCGAUGACCAUGCACAAUACUUUGUGUAUCAAACUCUUCGUGCCUUGAAAGCAUUACAUUCCGCGGAUGUCAUCCAUCGUGAUCUCAAGCCAUCCAACUUGCUCUUGAACGCCAACUGCGAUCUCAAGGUCUGUGACUUUGGUUUAGCCCGCUCGGUCAAGACUGCAGAGCCAUCGGGCACCGAGACGGGAUUCAUGACUGAGUAUGUAGCCACACGGUGGUACCGUGCGCCAGAAAUCAUGCUUACCUUCAAACAAUACACCAAGGCCAUCGAUGUUUGGUCUGUAGGCUGCAUCCUCGCAGAAAUGCUAUCAGGCAAACCGCUCUUCCCCGGACGAGACUAUCAUCACCAGCUCACCCUCAUCCUCGACGUACUCGGCACGCCUACCCUUGACGAGUUCUACGCGAUCACGACGCGCCGCUCGCGGGACUAUAUCCGUGCCCUGCCGUUCCGGAAGAAGAAGCCCUUUACACAGCUCUUCCCCAACGCGAAUCCGAACGCGAUCGAUUUCCUCACUAAGACCCUGACAUUCGAUCCAAAGAAGCGGAUCACAGUAGAACAGGCGCUUGCACAUCCCUACCUCGAGGCAUACCAUGAUCCUGACGACGAGCCCGUUGCCCCACCUCUCGAUCCAGAAUUCUUCGAGUUCGAUCUCCACAAGGACGACAUCAGUCGCGAACAGUUGAAGGAGCUUCUUUAUGAAGAGAUCAUGAGCUUCAACCCUGUAAACAUGACAUAACUUUCUCGCUCCCCGCGGUUCGUCAAUACAAGAUUGCGAUGCUACCAGGAUCUGAGCCUCUGGCCGCACUUCAACUUGUUUUCUUUCUCUCGUUACGACCCUCCCUCGGACCAAACAAUCACAUUUCAUUCUGUUCAUACAUACACAUGUACGGUAAAAUAUCAAAGAUCAAUCUUUUCGCCCCUUCUCAUCUUUAUUUUCUGUGCCGUUCUAACGCCUUUCCGUCUGGAUGUCUUGGGGAUCCCAGCUGCUCUCUCGUCUGUCUGCAUUUGACCUUCUCGUCGUUGUCGCUAUCCAUCUUCUCGAUGUUAUAUAUUUGUUUGAGACCUCUCUCUGUGUCUUCCUUCCAGCGGUUGAUCCAAUGGAGAAAGAAGGAAUGUAAUUUUAGUGUCAUACCUCGCGUUUGUAGAUGGCGAAGGUUGGAAAUCCAUUUUGUUGACAUAAUCGUU